AUGGAGGCCUCAGGCACCCAGCGGAAGGGGCGAGCAGGCUCCCAGGAGGAGAAGCGGGAAGAGGCUGGGAGGGGGUGGGCUGGCAGGGCUGAGUGUGCCCUCUGCUCCACUGUCCCAGACAGAAGGUGGAGCUGCCCACACCCCCUACCAGCAGGACGCCUCUCACCUCCCUCUUCUCCUGUGUCCUCUCUAGGGUUCCCAGGAGGUGAAUUGCUCCCAAGAGUCUUCCCCCUGGUGUCCUGCGUGAGCUCCCCAUCCGAUGAGAGCACGGUGGCCCUGGGCUGCCUGGCCCAGGACUUCGUGCCCAAUUCUGUCAGCUUCUCCUGGAAGCUCAACAACAGCAUGGUCAGCAGCGAGAGAUUCUGGACCUUCCCCGCAGUCCUGAGGGGCGGCUUGUGGUUGGCCUCCUCUCAGGUGGCCCUGUCCUCCUCAAGCACCUUUCAAGGGCCAGAUGACUACCUGGUGUGCGAAGUCCAGCACCCCAAGGGAGGAAAGACCAUAGGGACCGUGAGGGUGGUCCCCAGAGCAUCGACUCCAACCCCGACCACAUUAGUGCCUUCUCUGAUAUCCAAGUCAGAGGGCUCCGACAAGGCCGUCAGCACUCAGAGCAGCCCAGCGCUGGCCACCAGCCACAGCCAGACAGAAGCCCGGACACUGGCAUGUCCAAAGGACCCCUACAGAGACUGUCAGAACCACACCCAGGCCCCCAGCGUCCACCUGCUGCCCCCAACCCCCCAGGGCCUCUGGCUCCUGGACAAGGCCGAGUUCACCUGCCUGGCCACGGGGCAGGCCCCGCCACUCGCCCGCUUCUCCUGGGAGGUGAACGGGCAGCCCCACAGCGGGGCCCUGGAGGAGGGGCCCACCUGGCACAUGAACGGCUCCUGGAGCCAGAGCAGCCGCCUGGUCCUGCCCAGGUCCCUGUGGGCCUCGGGCUCCAACGUCACCUGCACACUGAGCGGCCCCGGCCUGCGGUCGCCGGUGACCCUGAUGGCUCAGAGAGAACAUGCCGCCUCAGUGCCCAGCAAUCUGACCCUCCGCACUGUGACCACACCUGGCCCCUUCUCCCCUGCCUGGCUCCUGUGCGAGGUGUCCGGCUUCUCACCCGUGGACAUCCUCCUCACGUGGCUGGAGGGCCAGCAAGAAGUGGAGCCUUCCCAGUUUGCCACGGCGCACACCACGGCCCAGGCUGGGCACGCCUCAUUCCACACCUGGAGUGUCCUGCGGGUCUCCAGCCCCCUGAACCACACGGGGGCCACCUACACCUGUGUGGUCAGCCACGAGGCCUCCCGGACGCUCCUCAAUGGCAGCUGCAGCCUGGACACUGGUGGUCUGGCCACCUGGCCGCGCUGGAGCCAGGAUGAGAGCAGCAACGACGAAAUGGAUGUGGAGGAAGCCAGCCCACUUUGGCUCACCUUCCUGGCCCUCUUCCUCGUCACUGUGGUCUACGGCGGCUUCGUCACCUUCAUCAAGGUGAAGUAGCCCUGGAGAGCAGACGCCAGCUCCACAUGGACAGAACCUGGCCUCCAUGCUGCCUGCUGCUCCCGGAGGGCAGAGGAGCCCACACUGGACCCCACCCUGCGCACAGAGGCCAUGCGGCCCCACACUCGGUCCACCACAGAGCCCAGCCCCCAGCCCAAGAGGAGGGCAUCAUGGUGCAGAGAGGGGGCCCCCGGCUGGCCCUGCAGCCCCAGAGUCGGUGGUCUUGGCUGCAGCCACUCCCCCCCUCUGUGCCCACCAUCUGCUGCAUAAAGAGCUUUGGUCCUUCCUCCUGCCUCCCAUUUCUGUGCCCCAGCCCUCAGAUCUU